CCGCCAUGUUUCCAUCGAGGUCGCGCCGUUAGGCUCGCAGUGCGGUCGCUUUUGCUGCGCCUGGGGCUUCCUGGACUCUGGGACUCUGCUGAACAGAUCCCAAGUUACACACGUGAGGUUCGGGCCCUCAUACCUGCGUCUGCCCCAUCCAGGCACUGGCGUCCCCAGGCAGUAGCCCUCGCUUUGCAUAAGCCCACACCUCCGUGGCUGGCAGUGGCCCGUCCGCUGUAGCUGCCUGGACAUCUGCAUGACGCCCGCCAGCCUAGCUGCCGCUGGACUUUGGUUGCUGACUUUGCAAGGUUGAGAAGGAAUGUAAACACGCAAGCGGAAUUGAGGCGCUUGCCCCCCGUCAAAGGAAGUUCAGAUUUUUCAAGAGUUUCCGUCCCAUCCUGCUCACCCUAAUACUCAAAUCCCGCGCGUCUUCCUCAAAACGUCCGUCAAGGAGAUGGGUAACAUGCUUAUUUUACAGGUACCUUAUCCUUAGAGCUUUCAAGCAACUCUGUCCCAAACCACUUUAUUUACUGUCUGGAGAGCUAUUUGGGACCCUGCUCACGGUCAUCACGUGAUCUAGCAGAAGGGCGCAGUCUCCAUGAACUCGAGGCAGGGAACCAGAGGAGAGUGACAGUUUGCGGAUUUCUCCCCCCAUGGAUCGUUGUGAGGAUCCGAAGAGCAUAUGGCUCAAGGGCAGAUCAUAAUAAUGUUAACGGUGGCGAGGUAUGCCUGCUUUUUCAACGUAUGAACGCAUUUCAAGAUACUCACCAUGGUCGCCUGGUUUCAGUCGAGCACCGAGCUGCGCAAGGAGAAGUCCCGGGAUGCGGCCCGCAGCCGGCGCAGCCAGGAGACCGAGGUGCUGUACCAGCUGGCGCACACGCUGCCCUUCGCGCGCGGGGUGAGCGCCCACCUGGACAAGGCUUCCAUCAUGCGCCUCACCAUCAGCUACCUGCGCAUGCACCGCCUCUGCGCCGCAGGGGAGUGGAACCAGGUGGGAGCAGGGGGAGAAGUUCUGGAUGCCUGCUACCUGAAGGCCCUGGAGGGCUUCGUCAUGGUGCUCACUGCCGAGGGAGACAUGGCUUACCUGUCGGAGAAUGUCAGCAAACACCUGGGCCUCAGUCAGCUGGAGCUCAUCGGACACAGCAUCUUUGAUUUCAUCCACCCCUGUGACCAACAGGAGCUCCAGGACGCCCUGACCCCCCGGCCGAGUCUGUCCAAAAAGAAGCCAGAGGCCCCCACCGAGCGGUGUUUCUCUUUGCGCAUGAAGAGUACCCUCACCAGCCGCGGGCGCACCCUCAACCUCAAGGCGGCCACCUGGAAGGUGCUGUACUGCUCUGGACACAUGAGGGCCUACAAGCCCCCUGCGCAGACUUCCCCCGAAGGGAGCCCCAACUUGGAGCCGCCCCUGCAAUGCCUGGUGCUCAUCUGUGAAGCCAUCCCCCACCCGGGCAGCCUGGAGCCCCCCCUGGGCCGGGGGGCCUUCCUCAGCCGCCACAGCCUGGACAUGAAGUUCACCUACUGUGAUGAGAGGAUCGCGGAGGUGGCCGGCUACAGCCCCGAUGACCUGAUCGGCUGCUCCGCCUACGAGUACAUCCACGCUCUGGACUCGGACGCCGUUGGCCAGAGCAUUCACACCUUGCUGAGCAAGGGCCAGGCGGUAACGGGGCAGUAUCGCUUCCUGGCCCGGAGUGGUGGCUAUCUGUGGACCCAGACUCAGGCCACAGUGGUGUCAGGGGGCCGGGGUCCCCAGUCUGAGAGCAUCGUCUGCGUCCACUUUUUGAUCAGCCGGGUAGAAGAGACCGGAGUGGUGCUGUCCCUGGAGCAAACCGAACGACACUCCCGCAGACCCGCUCAGCGGGGCACCCCCUCCCAGAAGGACGCCCCUGAUCCUGGGGACAGCCUUGAUGCCUCUGGUCCCCGGAUCCUGGCCUUCCUGCAUCCCCCUGCCCUGAGCGAGGCCACCCUGGCCGCUGACCCCCGCAGCUUCUGUAGCCCUGACCUCCGUCGCCUCCUGGCACCUAUCUUGGACGGGACUUCAGUAGCUGCCACCCCCAGCGCACCCCCAGCCACACGGCGCCCCCAAAGCCCUCUUCCGGCCGAUCUGCCAGACAAACCACUCAUGGACAUGGAGAAUACACACAAACUCUUGGCCUCUGGGAAAGACCUUGAGGCUGUGGAGACAGAUCUAGAUCUAGCUCAGGAUGUCGAUGCUCUGGAUUUGGAGAUGCUGGCCCCCUACAUCUCCAUGGAUGAUGACUUCCAGCUCAACUCCAGCGAGCAGCUACCCAGGGCCUUCCGCAGACCUCCAGGCGCUGUCCCCCGGCCCCGCGCUCGGAGCUUCCAUGGCCUGUCGCCCCCAACCCCUGAGCCCUCCCUGCUGCCCCGCUGGGGGAGUGACCCCCGGCUGAGCUGCUCCAGCCCUUCCAGAGGGGACCCUUUGGCAUCGUCCCCCGUGGCUGGGGCUCGGAAGAGGACCCUGGCUCAGAGCUCAGAGGACGAGGCCGAGGGGGUGGAGCUGCUGGGAGUGAAACCCCCCAAACGGUCCCCCAGCCCAGAACCCGAAAACUUCCUGCUGCCUCCCCUCAGCCUGAGUUUCCUUCUGACAGGAGGGCCAGCUCCAGGGAGCCAGCAGGAUCCCAGCACCCACCUCCUGGAACUGAAUGAGCCCCUCCGCCUGGGUCCCCCGCUGCUCUCUCUCUACCCGGACGAGGACCCCGUGGAGCCCAGGAGCCACUUCCAACCAGUGGCAGGCUUGGCCCAGGCCAACUGAGCCAGCUCUGCGGGCCCUCUUCCCCGAGCCCUUCCACUCCCCAGAAAGGACCUCAGCCACACUCCACGCCGGCAGCCAAAGCACAGGAUGGGGGCACCAGGAGAGGGGCUCCCUCUCUCCUUUCAGUGGCCCCCGCCCACCUCGGGCCUACCUCAGCCCUCACCCCUCUGCCCCUCCAUGUCUGGGGGGGCUUUCUGGGGUGGUCUCAGCUCAGUGACCUCUGGGAGGGGGUCCCUGGCGCCCUCCUCCUCCUUCUCUCAGGACUUCCCUUGCGGUUCUCUAUACUGGUUACCUCAUCCCUUUCUCCCACUCUCCUGGCUUGAUUUUGGGUAAUGAGGGGUGGGGGAGGUAGGGGCUCGGGUCUGUGUUUCUGGGCUCUGGGGAGUAUUGAUAACCACAGUCGCGUUUCUUUCCAUCCAUUUUUGUUGUUUUCACAACAGGGUUUUAAUCUCUAUGAAUUGCCUGGGGCCCAUAAGAAUGCAGAACUCUGAUUCCCACCCCCCCUUCUUCAGGUGUUAAUGGGGGGGGGGCCUCUGGGGCAGACCUCAUCCCUAGCAACUUCAGAUCAACCCCUCAGCCUCCCAAGUGGCCACCCCACUCUGCCUGCCCCUCCCCUGGGAGCUUCUGCUGUCCUCAGUCUCCCCUGGGCACUGGCUUCAUUCAUGGGCUUCCUAUUUCCAGGGGCAGCCUCCAACUUCUAUUGCUUCCAGAUCGUAUGACUUCCAGCUCUCUCCGGUUCUAGGCCACUCAAUUCCUGGCCUUCUCCGGUUCUAGACCGCACAGCCCCCCAGACACAGUCUGGUUUCGAGCUCACAUGCUCCAAACCCCUGAUUCCAGACCUCACGUCGGCCAGCUCUUUCUCGUUCUGGACCUCACAACCUAAACUUUAUAUUGGUUCUAGUCUUCCUGACCUGUAAUACAUUUGGUUCCAAAUCCAGACUCCUUAAGCUUCUAAAUCAUGAUGCUUCAUGAUGCCCAGCUCCUUCCUUUUCAACUUUCUACACUCAAGACUUGCUUUGCCAAUCAAAAAGAAGUAAAUGUCUUGAUCUUAUAACCACACUAAUAGUUCCAGACCACACACCAGUUCUCUUUUGCUCUAGACCUCAUGACCUCCAUCAUUCACUGGUUCGAGGCUAUAAAACCAUCAGACCUUGCGAUUUCCAGGACCCUCUGAUUCCAGAUCUGAUGAUCUCAGUUUCCCCUGACUCUUGAACUUGGCUUCAAAUGUCUUCUGAUUCCAGACUUCAUCCUAUAAAUUCUCCUGGUUCUAGACCUCACAAUCUCCAAUGCCCUCUCUAGAUCUUAUGACUCCAAAUUACCCUAGAUCUAGAACUUAGCCUCCAAACAUCUUCUAAUUCUAGAUGUUGCCUUUAAAAAAUUUCUGGUUCUAGACCCUACAACCCCCAGCUCCUGAUUCUAGAUCUUGACUCCAAAAUCUCUCUGGUCUCCAAAAUCUCUCUGGUUCUAGAACUCGGUCCUCAGACUUCUGAAUUCCAUUCUGUAUAGUCUAUAGAUUCCUCUGGUUCGAGGCCUCACAGCCUCCCAUCAUCUCUGAUUUCAGAUCAAAAUUCAUUUGGUUCUAGAACUCAGCCUCCAAGUGCCUCUGCUAGUGGACUUUACGCCUAAGCCCCUCCAUUCUUGAUCUCAUGUCCCUGAAGUUUCCCUCUCCUAGAACCACCACCACUGCCCCACCCCCAGCUCUCCAGAGAUGCACUUCCCUUUACUUGACCCCAGGUACCUGGGGGACCUGGGGCUCCCUUACAAUCCAGGAGAUUUCCCCAGCCGCACAGACACACGCACAGCCCUAUCUGCAUAUCACGGGUGGGGAGAGAGGCCGGGACUCCUCAGUACUCCGCCACUACCUGUGUAUCCCCCUUUGCCCCCCACCCCAUUGCUACGACGGUGCUACUCUUGGUCUCCCCCACAAAAAGGCCUCCCUCUCUCAGCUCAGUUCACCCCCACUUUGGAAGGCACUUCUCUGUUUUGUCCGGGGAUGGCCUGUCCAGAUUGGUGCUAUGGGGGAAGAAGGCUCUGGCCCCUCCUUCCCUCAGGGGGUGACCUGGGCCCUCGAUGGAGGGAACUGGACGGGGUUGGGGGAGGGGAAGGGACUGGUCCAGCCACUCUGGCUCUGAAACCCGCUAGUCUGUACACCAGCAUAAAGACUUCGCCUUGGUAGGCACCAGAGCUCUGUGUGUUGACUCAUCUGCGGGGUCGCUUCGCGGUG